AUGAAUCUCAUGGUGGGUGACGAUCGUGUUUAUGCCGCCGAGAGAAUUACUAGGAAAAGGAUUCGAAAGGGUGUGGUGGAGUAUCUAGUAAAAUGGAAAGGCUGGAGUCAAAGGCACAAUACUUGGGAACCUGAGGAAAACAUCUUGGACAACCGCCUUAUAGAACUCUACGAGCAAAAUCACAGACCGGAUGGAACCCUCAAAAGAGGACCUAAGAAAAAACACCAUUCUGCUGCGGCUCCAGUAGCAGAAGACACCGAAGAUGAGGGAGUCAGGAGUGGGGAGGAAAGUCAAGAUGAAGGUCCAUCUGAGACUGUGACUCCCGCACCUCCUGCAGCCAAAGGCAAGAGCAAACAUGAGGCGAAUGCUCGUGUUGAAGAUGAUGAUACUCGGGCGGGUUCUGAGGAGACAUCAGAAACCGUUGUAGCCCCAACGGAAUCUGCAGAAAAUGAAAACUCAAAUAGUUCUAGCAGCGAGGACAGGAGGCCCCUUUUAGCUAGAAUAGACGUUGGGACAAAGAGGAAGGCUGAGGUAUUGUCGAAAGAGAGUGGGAAGAUCGGAGUGACUAUAACUACGAGUCCUACCAGUUCAAGUCCACCACCCAUUAAAACACCUAAACUUUCCUCGAAGCAGACUUCAGCUGCAUCGAGGACCAAUGAGCGCCAAAAUUCAAAAGCCGAAGAGGAAUCUUCAGCGAUUCCAUCAGCUUCUAGUCCAGCUGUUCUGACAGCUACAGCGCCGAGGACCAGUACGGAUAAGAGACAGGUACCCGCUGACGCGACUCUACCGCAUUCGUCGACUAAGGAACCAGCAUCGCCCAAACCCAUAGCAUCACGUACUGAUGAAAAAAGGCCCGAGAAGAAACCGGAGCCCAAGCCCGAAAACGGUCAGCCGGAAGAAAAACCGAUCGCUGUCAACGGCCAUAACAUCAAUAUCAACAACAACACCAUCCCCAACGACAUGCCAUCCCUUACAAGUCCGAGUUCGGAGUACUGGCUGGCUAGGAACCCCGUUGCAGACCAAGUUUUCAUAACUGACGUGACAGUCAACCUGAAAACAGUGACGAUUCGUGAAUGUAAGACUGAAAAGGGAUUCUUCAAGGAUCGUGACGACAAAAGUCAUCCCAGUGAUAUUGUAUGA